AUGGUACAGGGUUUUGGAAUCAUCUACUCUGAGCUUAUUAACAGAUUUGGUACCAGUAAAUCCGAAACGGGCUGGAUACCAUCUCUAGGAUCUGGUCUACUCCUCGCCUUCGGACCGGCGUCCAGUGUCCUGGUGAAGCUGAUUGGUUGUCGCGCGGUGGCGAUCACAGGGGCCUUGUUGAUAUCAAUGGGAAUGGUUUCCAGUAUGUUUGUUGGAGACGUGCACGAGCUUUACCUGACUUACGGGACUAUAACAGGUAUCGGCAAUGGUAUGGUAUUCCACUCGGCGGUGGUGGCGGUGAAUACACACUUUGACAAGUCACGACUGGCCCUGACUAUUCUUACUAUUGGAUCUCCAGCGUCUCUUCUAUCUACACCUUUCCUUACCACGAUCUGGAUCGAAACGUACGGGUGGAGAGGCACUUUUCUCUUGCUUGGCGGUAUAGGUCUCCAGGGAGUUGUAUGUGGCGCCCUCUUUCGACCACUUGAAACCAAGCCACAAGAGGAGAACGAGGGGACACUUGUUAAAAUCGCAACAAUCAAGGCGGAGUUAAAGGCCAUUUUUAGCAUCUCGGAUUUCACCCUGUUCUGUCUGUACUCAUCAUUCGGAACUCUUGGGUACAUGGUUCCCUACGUAUUAGUGCCAGCCAUGGCGGCGGAAAAAGGUGUCUCAUCUCUCCAGGUUCCUUUUAUCACCACGGUUGCCGGAGUGACGGGGUGA